UCUCUUGUCCAGGCUGCCGCGUAGCAAGUAGCCCGACAGAGGGAGGCCGCGGAUACGACCUCGUCCAGGAGGCGCCCAGCCUGCUGUCCUCCAUCCGCGGUCCAAUCCCAACAACUGCUCCACACGCCUAGAGAAGCUCCAUCGUUUCAAACCACUUCAUCCUCUUGCACCUUCUUCCCGUUCUUCUCCAGCUGCCCACUUCUUUAUAAGGCACAGCGUCACUUGGAUGUUCGCCUCUCCCUAACAUGCAAUCCACGACUCGAAUGGUUUCACUCGCCAGCGCAGCCAUGAUUCUCGAAUCCGCAUUCCUUUUCCUACUCCUCCUUGCCUCCUCGGGGUCGUCGGAGGCGGCUGCUGCCGGCAGCUCCGUCGACGCGCCCGCCGCGUCGUGCUCCGGGGCGGGAAGCUUCGCUGCCGACAGCGCGUUCGCCAGCAACCUUCGCCAGCUGAUGUCCUUCCUCGAGACCAAGGCCCCGGCCGUCGGAUUCGAAAUCGGCACGGUCGGUGGCGACGGCGACGACGGGGAGCGCGUGCACGGCCUCGCCCUCUGCCGUGGUGACGUGGCGCGCGCGGAGUGCGCGAAGUGCAUCCGGUCGGCGACGGCGCACGCGCGGCGCCUGUGCGCGUCCAAGAAGGACUCCGUCGUCUGGCUCGACGCCUGCAUGCUCCGGUACUCCGGGGAGCUGUUCUUAGGCGAGGUCGACCGCGACCACCGCGCCUUCGUGCCAGGCGACGACGUCGUUGUCCGGAGCGCGGCGAGGUCGGCCGAGUUCGACAGGGAGGUCGCCGGCCUCAUGAAGAGACUAACGAGGAAGGCGUACCUCUCGCCGCUGCUGUUCGCCGCUGGGGAGGCCCAGGUGGUCACCGGGGCGCAGAGGCUGCACGCGAUGGCGCAGUGCACCAAGGACCUCUCCGGCGGGGACUGCAAGAUGUGCCUGGAGGCCGCCAUUGGCCAACUGGUAUCGAGGGGGUGCGCCAAGAAGGCAGGGAGGGUGCUGGGCGGAAGCUGCAGCCUCAGAUAUGAGCUGUACCCGUUCUUUGAUUCCUAGAUAGUAGCUUGAUUUGCAGUUCUAAUUAAGGUGGCAGGUUCUUGUGUCCACAUUGUGCAUAGGGAUUCCAAAGGAAUCAAAAUACAAGAAAGUGAUACUUUCUGUUCGUGAA